AUGUCAGAUUUGGAAAGUGCGUUGAAAGACAUCGCUUAUGGAUCGGUUGCCGGUGCCAUCGGCAAGGUCAUCGAAUAUCCAUUUGAUACAGUCAAAGUGCGUUUACAAACCCAACCAGCUCAUCUGUAUCCUACCACUUGGUCAUGCAUAAGAUCUACUUACACGGAUGAGGGAAUAUGGAAAGGUUUUUAUCAGGGUAUAGCGUCUCCACUAUUUGGUGCUGCUUUGGAGAAUGCAGUGUUGUUCGUUUCUUUCAAUCAAUGUACUAACUUUUUAGAUGAAUUCACUCAACUGAAACCUUUAACAAAGACUAUUUAUUCCGGUGCGUUUGCAGGCGCCUGUGCGAGCUUCAUAUUGACCCCUGUAGAGUUAGUCAAAUGUAAAUUACAAGUGUCAAAUAUUAGCAAUUCACUAUCACAAACGACCCGCCAUACAAGCGUUUGGCCUACUAUAAAAUCUGUUAUCAAGGAAAAAGGCUUAUUGGGACUAUGGCAGGGCCAAUUGAGUACAUUUGUCAGAGAGUGUCUAGGUGGUGCUGUUUGGUUUACCACUUAUGAAAUCAUGAAAAUGAAAUUCGCCAGCUUGCAUCCAGCAGAGAAAGAAAACCACACAUGGGAGCUAUUAGUAUCUGGUGCCUCGGCAGGGGUUCUUUUCAACGCCAGUGUUUUCCCAGCAGAUACCGUUAAAUCUGUGUGUCAAACUGAGCACGUUUCUAUCGUUAAUGCAUUGAAAAAAGUUUUAAGAACUCAUGGCAUUACUGGUUUUUAUCGUGGUCUCGGUAUAACUUUGAUCAGAGCAGCACCGGCUAAUGCUACUGUAUUUUACACUUACGAAACACUGAAGAAAAUGUUUUAA